AUGGGACAGACUGUAGUGACUCCCUUAAGCCUGACUUUAGACCACUGGACAGAGGUGAAGGACAGAGGCAAUGAGUUUUCAGUUAACAUCAGGAAGGGACAUUGGAAGACUUUCUGUGCCUCAGAGUGGCCAAAACUUGAUGUGGGAUGGCCACCUGAGGGGACUUUUGACGCGACUACUAUUUCUGCAGUAAAAGCUACUAUUUUUCAGGAAGGACCAGGGUCACAUCCCGAUCAACAGCCAUACAUCGUGGUUUGGCAGAACCUGAUCCAGAAUCCCCCUCCGUGGGUGAGACCAUGGGUUAAGAGACAGCCAGGCUCCCGAGCCCUGGCUCUCUGCAGUUCCGGGCCUAAAACGCCCAAACCAAAACCAAAACCGGACUCGGAAACUAAAACUCCGCCUAAGAUCUAUCCCGAGAUAGAGGAGCCACCUGAGUGGCCAAGUCCGCCACUGCCCCCCCCCUUAUCAUCACCACCACAGGCUCCCCCGGCCUCGGCACCGAGUCCAGAACUACAGGGAGCAGCCGGGGCCGGGGGGCUGGCAACUGGCACUCGGAGCCGGAGAGGGUUGAGUCCGGAAGGACCCGACUCCACUGUUUCUCUACCUCUCCGAGCUAUAGGUCCGGCACCUACCGAGCCGAAUGCAGUCCAGUUCCUACAAUACUGGCCCUUCUCUUCAUCUGAUCUGUUUAACUGGAAAGCUAAUUAUCCCCCUUUUUCAGAGAAUCCUACAUCCCUGAUUGGACUGGUGGAGUCUAUAAUGUACUCGCACCAGCCCACCUGGGAUGAUUGCAAUCAGCUCCUCCAGACUCUCUUCACAGCCGAAGAGAAAGAGAGAGUUCUUCUGGAGGCCCGGAGAAACAUCCAGAAUGCUGCGGGACAACUUUUGCAGAAUCUAACUCCAGUAGAGAUUGAUGAGGCUGUUCCCCUCACUCGGCCCCAAUGGAACCACAACACAGCUGCAGGUAGGGAAAGGCUGUCCAUCUACCGCCGGGCUCUGGUGUCAGGUCUCAGAGGGGCGGCGAGACGCCCCACCAAUUUGGCUAAGGUAAGAAAGGUUAUGCAGGAGCCAGAAGAAGCCCCCUCUGUUUUCUUGGAGCGCCUCAUGGAGGCAUAUCGCAGAUAUACUCCUUUUAACCCCACCUUGGAGGGACAGAGGAUGUCUGUCAUUAUGGCUUUUAUUGGGCAGGCUGCUGCAGAUAUUAGAAAGAAGUUACAGCGUCUUGAGGGAUUACAAGACCUCACAAUCAGAGAUGUGGUUAAGGAAGCAGAGAAGAUCUAUCAUAAGAGGGAAACUCAGGAAGAAAAAGCAGAAAGAGAGAAAAGAGAAAGGAGUAAGGAGAAAGAUGAGAGACAGAGAAGGCAGGAAAAGAAUUUGACUAAGAUUUUGGCCACAGUUAUAGAUGAGGGAAGAAGACAGGGAAGAGGAGUUAGGCAGACAGGGAACUUGGGCGAGUAUUGGAGGCAGGAGCCAAGGAGACCCAGAAGAGCCAGCCAAGCACUGGACAGAGACCAAUGUGCCUAUUGCAAGGAGAGAGGACAUUGGGCCAGAGAGUGUCCCGCCAAGAAGGGACUUAAGGCUCUGGCCCUAGGUAGCAAUGAAGACUAGGGGGGUCAGGGCUUGGCCCCCCUCCCCGAGCCUAGGGUAACCCUGAAAGUGGAGGGGACCCCCAUGGACUUACUUGUCGACACGGGAGCAGAAUUCUCAGUGCUCAAGAAACCCCUGGGGAAGUUGAGAAGUAAGCAAACCAUAGUUAUUGGAGCCACUGGACAGAACUCAUAUUCGUGGACCACCACGAGAACAGUAGACCUGGGAAAAGGACAGGUGUCUCACUCCUUCCUAGUGAUACCUGAGUGUCCUACCCCUUUGCUGGGUAGGGACCUUUUAACUAAGUUAAAGGCACAAAUAAGUUUCACCCCCCAGGGGCCAAAGGUGACAUGGGACACUAUCAAAUCCCCAGUGUUAACACUCUCCCUGAAAACAGAAGAUGAAUAUAGACUGUUUCAGUCUGACACUCAGGGACAUCCUUCAUCAGAAUUGGAAAUGGGACCCUGGUCCCUGUUUACUGAGGCCUGGGAAGAGACUGGGGGAAUGGGGAUGGCCAAGAAUGUACCCCCGAUAGUCAUUGAGCUCAAAGCUGGUGCUUCUCCAAUUGGGGUCAGGCAAUACCCCAUGAGCAAGGAAGCCAGAAUGGGGAUACGUCCCCACAUUGAAAGACUAUUACAACAGGGAAUUUUAGUCCCCUGCAAAUCUCCCUGGAAUACACCUCUGUUGCCAGUAAAGAAACCAGGCACUGGAGAUUACCGGCCGGUUCAAGAUCUCCGAGAAGUUAACAAACGGGUACUAGAUAUCCACCCUACGGUACCCAAUCCCUACAAUUUGCUCAGCUCUCUGCCCCCGGACAGAACUUGGUAUUCAGUUCUGGACCUUAAAGAUGCUUUCUUUUGUUUGAGACUUCAUUCCCAGAGUCAGCCCCUGUUUGCCUUUGAGUGGAGAGACCCAGAGAAUGGUAAAGCAGGACAGCUGACCUGGACGAGACUCCCCCAGGGAUUCAAGAACUCUCCCACUUUAUUUGAUGAGGCACUACACCGGGACUUGGCCCCUUUCAGGGCUAAUAAUCCUCAAGUGACUCUGUUACAAUACAUAGAUGACCUUUUAUUGGCCGCUAAGGACCCCCAAGAUUGUGAGAAAGGAACAGAACGUCUCCUGGCUGAGUUGGGUAAGUUGGGGUAUCGGGCAUCUAUGAAGAAGGCCCAGCUAUGUAAGACUGAAGUGACUUAUUUGGGUUACACCUUGAGAGAUGGACAAUGAUGGCUGACUGAGGCCAGAAAGCAGACAGUUAUGCAGAUCCCAACCCCAACUACCCCUCAUCAGGUAAGAGAGUUUCUUGGGACCGCCGGGUUCUGCAGGCUGUGGAUCCCAGGGUUCGCCACCUUGGCGGCACCUUUAUACCCCCUGACUAAGGAGCAAGGGGAGUUUACCUGGACAAUCGAACAUCAGAAAGCCUUUGAGGCUUUGAAAAAGGCUUUAUUAGAAGCCCCUGCUUUGGCUUUACCAGAUCUAACUAAGCCUUUCACUCUCUAUGUUGAUGAGAGGAAGGGGGUGGCUAGAGGAGUUUUGACUCAAACCUUGGGUCCAUGGAAACGUCCAGUGGCGUAUCUCUCAAAGAAGCUAGACCCGGUAGCAAGUGGAUGGCCUGUCUGUCUGCGGGCCAUAGCAGCUACAGCUCUACUAGUGAAAGAUGCUGAUAAACUGACUUUGGGACAGAAAUUAUCAAUAGUGGCCCCUCAUGCUCUGGAAAGCAUUGUCAGACAGCCUCCCGAUCGCUGGAUGACUAAUGCCAGAAUGACUCACUACCAGAGCCUCCUUCUCACCAAACGUAUAACCUUUGCCCCGCCGGCUGUUCUGAACCCUGCCACCCUGCUGCCCGAGGCUGACAGCUCCGUGAUUCACCAGUGUGAAGAAAUACUGGCUGAAGAAACGUCCAACAGACCGGACCUGACUGACAAGCCCUGGCCAGGGGUGAAGACCUGGUUUACUGAUGGGAGCUGCUUCGUGGUUGAGGGUAAACGAAGGGCGGGAGCGGCGGUGGUGGAUGGGAAAAGGACUGUGUGGGCCUCGGCCCUACCUGAAGGGACUUCAGCACAAAAAGCUGAACUGGUAGCCUUGACCCAGGCCUUGAAGAUGGCAGAAGGACAAGGGGUGAAUAUUUUCACUGAUAGCAGGUAUGCAUUUGCUACCGCUCAUGUACAUGGCGCCAUCUAACGAUGGAGAGGGCUAUUAACUUCAGCAGGAAAAGAAAUUAGAAACAAAGAAGAGAUUUUGAGCCUCUUGGAGGCAAUUCACCUUCCAAAGAAGGUAGCAAUAGUUCAUUGUUCUGGCCACCCAAAAGGGACAGACUAUAUUGCAAAAGGAAACCAAAUGGCGGACCUGGAAGCAAAAAAAGCUGCCCAGGGACCCAUGAUUUUGACCAUCAGAACCCAAUCAAAGACUCCCAAUCCCACUGAGGAACCAGGGACCAAGCCGGUCCUGUCUGAAGAAGAAAGCCUACAGUACCUAUCUGGGAUCCAUCAGUGGACCCACUUGGGGCCCGAAAAGAUGAUGGAAAUAGUAGCCCGGUCUCAGUAUAAGAUUCCAGGGUUGAAGAAACUAGCGCACAGGCUAGUGCGAGAGUGUAAGGCUUGUGCUUUCACCAAUGCCAGCCACCAUCAGGAGGUAAAAGGAACUAGACUUCGAGGAGAUCAACCUGGUUCUUACUGGGAGGUCGAUUUCACUGAAGUAAAACCUACCAGGUAUGGUAACAAAUAUCUCUUAGUAUUUAUAGAUACUUUUUCCGGAUGGGUCAAGGCAUUCCCAACCAAGAAGGAGACGGCUACUGUGGUGGCUAAGAAGAUAUUGGAAGAAAUCCUACCCAGGUUUGGGGUGUCAAGGGUGAUUGGCUCAGACAAUGGGCCUGCUUUCAUCGCGCAAGUAAGUCAGGGACUGGCCAAACUAUUGGGGUUCGAUUAGAAAUUACAUUGUUCAUAUAGACCCCAGAGUUCAGGACAGGUAGAGAGGAUGAAUAGAACCCUAAAGGAGACCUUAACUAAAUUGACUAUAGAGACCGGCGGGGGUGAUUGGACAGCCUUGCUCCCACUUGCCCUGUUCCGAGUCAGGAACACGCCCGGAGUCCUGGGACUUACUCCCUUUGAGAUUUUAUACGGUUCUCCACCUCCCAUUUAUCAGACCCUUGAGAGUACAACUCGCCCUGAUGAUGGUUAUAUUCCCCCUUUUCCUAUUCUAGCCCGACUAAAAGCCUUAGAGACUGUGAAAAAGGAAAUCUGGGGAACCAUAAAGAACUCCUAUGCUCCUAAAGAAGAUCCAGUACCACACCAGUUCGCGGUCGGAGACACUGUCCUAGUAAGGAGACAUCGGACGGGCAACCUUGAGCCACGGUGGAAAGGCCCGUACUUGGUCCUGCUGACAACCCCCACAGCAGUGAAGGUAGACGGCAUCGCUGUGUGGAUCCACGCCGCCUCGCACGUGAAAAGAGCACCUCCGAACUCUCACCAAGAUGAAUGGACUUUGGAGCGGACUGGUAAUCCUCUUAAGUUGCGCCUACGCCGUAGGCCCACAGAUGAUGGGGAAUAAUCCACACACUCCCCAAAAACUGACUUGGCAGGUCACCUCAAU